CUUGCUAUAUAAAGAAACCAAACUCACCAACUCACCACGCGCAUCAUCUUCAACCUCUCUAUUUUUAUGGAUGCACCACCAGAACCAGAAAACCCUAAUACUCCAUCAAAUCUUAUAGGAAUCAGCGUGCUUCAUCCUCACGAAGCCUGGCUUCCUAUAACUGAAUCUAGGAAUGGUAAUGCCUAUUACUCCACUUUUCAUACUCUUAAUUCUGCCAUUGGAGCUCAAGCCCUUGUUCUUCCCCUAGCUUUUAAUUCUCUUGGCUGGACAUGGGGAUUUAUCAGUCUAUCUCUAUUUUUCAUGUGGCAGCUAUACACUAUAUGGCUGCUCGUUCAGCUACAUGAAUCUGAGAAUGGCAUGCGCUAUAGCAGAUACCUUAAGCUAUCCAUGGUAGCUUUUGGUGAAAAGCUAGGAAAAUUGCUUACCCUCUUUCCGAUAAUGUAUCUAUCCGGCGGGGCAUGUGCAACUCUAAUUAUGAUCGGAGGUGGAACAAUGAAGAUAUUUUACCAAAUCAUUUGCGACGAAACAUGUAACAAUUUGAAGCCAUUAACGUCGAUAGAGUGGUACUUAGUAUUUGCAUGUUCCGCCAUUGUGAUAGCUCAACUACCCAACUUAAAUUCAAUAGCCGGAGUUUCCUUGAUCGGAGCAAUAACGGCCGUUAGCUACUGUACCAUGAUAUGGGUAGUAUCCGUUGCUCAAGGCAGGCCAGAUAAUAUCUCAUAUGAUAUUCCACCAACAAAUUCUAUUAUGGCUAGAGCUUGUAGUAUCUUCACUGCGCUUGGCAUUAUUGCAUUUUCUUUCAGAGGUCACAAUCUCGUGCUUGAAAUACAGGGGACUAUGCCUACAAGUGCAAAGCAACCAUCUCGUGUACCCAUGUGGAAAGGAGUAAAGUUUGCAUAUCUAAUCGUAGCACUGUGUUUAUUUCCAGUAGCAAUUGCUGGCUAUUGGUCUUAUGGAAACCUGACAGCAGGAAAUGGAGGGAUGCUAAACGCUUUGUACAAAUACCAUGGAGAUGAUACAUCAAAAGCUCUACUAGGAUUAAUAAGCAUAAUUGUUGUUAUCAGCUGCCUAAGCUCGUUUCAGAUAUACGCGAUGCCGGUAUUUGACAAUUUCGAGCUUAGAUAUACGAGCAAAAUGAAUAAACCAUGCCCGAGGAGUGUUCGUUCAGGAAUUCGGGUCUUCUUCGGAUGUUUGGCAUUUUUUAUAUCGGUGGCAUUUCCGUUCUUGCCAAGCUUGGCAGGAUUAAUAGGAGGAGUUGCACUGCCAGUCACCUUAGCAUAUCCAUGUUUCAUGUGGAUAAUUAUGAAGAAACCCAAGAAAUAUGGUGCAACCUGGUGCUUGAAUUGCUCACUUGGAGUUCUGGGUAUCGUACUUAGCAUACUAGUAAUUACUGCAGCAAUAUGGAGUUAUAUCACUGUGGGGAUCGAAACUAACUUCUUCAAGCCUCACUAAGAAGCAGCUGAUACAAUCGGAAUACUACUGAAGCCUCGACGAAGAUCUCUAAUUUUGAUUUAAAUUAUCAAACAGCUGAUUCAUUCUUCCCUAUAGGCCCUAUAGGCUAUACUAGCAAAUACAUGAUGGCGGGGCGGAUUAGUACCAAGUGAUGUAUUUUAAAUAACUGUUACCUAGCUGUAGAAACAUAACACUAAAGCAUAUAAAAUAUUACAAUUACCAA